AUGCCACCAAAGAAAGCUGCAGCCAACGGCGAAGCCACUGAUGGAGCCUUCAAGUGGGAAGGUCCAAACGACCUCAAGCUACUCCUCCUAACCCAAGGCCGCUACGUCAAGCCCGAAGAGUACGAGCAGCUCUCCACUGCCUUCCCAGGCACCAAAGUCGGCAGCAUCCGCAAUCACAUCUCCAUCCUCCGCAUCAAACAACGCGACCUCUACGAGCAACUUGGCUGGACCCUCCCCGAAGGCGGCACCGGCCCCAGCACCCAGAAGAAGACGCCCAAGAAGCGCACUGCAGACGGGUCUGAGGCGGGCGAUACAGCGCGGGACACGCUAAGCAAGAAGACGCCUAGGUCGGCGAGGAAGCGCAGCGCAGACGCAGACGACGACGGCGUGGACACGCCGAGUAAGAAGCCGCGCGCGAGGAAGGGAGGGAAGGGUACGGGUGUCAAGAAGGAAGAGAAAGAGGAAGAGGAGGAAGAGGUGCUUGAUACCAUCUUGGGCAGCGUCAAGGAGGAAGAAGGGGUUGAAGAUGAGAUCUGA